ACAAUUUCACGUCGCGGCGUGAAUGACGUCGUUGACGUCAGAAAAGAUGACGCAAGAAAAGACGUUAGCUCUAUAGUGAUCAGUUCAAUAGUUCAUCACGACAAGAAUUUUAACGAAAGGAAAACAAACAAGUUAGCAAGAAUGAAACAACGCAAUUACAAGAAUAUUGUAUAGAAUGACUACCGGAACUUUAUCUAUAGAUAUUGGAAAAGAGGUUCAUUGCAUGACACCAGUCCAGAAUAGCGGCUUUGUCGGCAGUGAGAUCUUUUCCUUAAUUAAAAAUGUCCACUACAAACGUAACUUUGGCGCCGGAGAUGCUGAUAACGAAGUGCAAGCUAAAUUUCAUGAUGUACUAAAUACCAAUAAAGAAAUUGAAGCAGGUGCUACGUUACAAGAAGAAUCAGUAUCGGUGGAACGAUUUGUCAGUGUGCUUGAUAAGCGAAGGAUAACGAAAAGAACUGAAGAAGAUGGAUGUGAAUGGAAACCACCUGUAAAUGUCCAUGCCGAAACCGUAUCAAGUAAGGUCGAUAGUCUCAUAAGCACAUUAAGGGUACGUUUCAAUUGUGAAAGGCAGGCCAGAAAGGACACCACAAAAUCCACCCGAUCUCAGUAUAUCUUUUGCAACAGCGUGGAUGCGUUUCUAAGACACCACGAAAAGCCAAAAGUUGACAUUCAUUAUUCAGAGACAGAGGGAUGUUCACCAGAAGAAGGUUUAUACAGUUUUGCUGUUCGUCCAUCAAGAAUAAAGAAAGGAAGAAAAGAUACAUUUGCCACUCCUCAACCAAACACAAAUGUAUAUGCAGUAUCAUCAAAUGCGGUUAUCGGCACAAGGGCUGAAAAUUGUGGUGAUGAGGGUUCUAACAAUUCAACAAGGUUUAUCAACACAGUUUCUGCCAUGCAAAAUGCCGAUGCAUCUGGCGAUGUGUUCAAGCACAAGAAUACUGUGAUCUGGAAGAUCCCAUCAUUAUUCAAGGCUCCCGACUAUAUAGUAACGCCGAUCGUCAAGUGCAACAAUCCAGAAGACGUUAACAGCCAUGUAAUAUCUCCUGUUGACACUAUCCGAAAAUCUGAAUCAGUUAACGGUUGCUCUAUAACUCUGAUUAAGAAGAAGAUUGGCUUUGCAGAACUGUUGCCUAUUUUCUGUGCGACUGCCAAUCCGUCAAAUCCAUAUUCUCUUGCGAUAGUUCCAAUUUACAAGGUACAGUCUUGUUUAAAAGCGUCCGGUCACGCUGUUCCUUUGAUGCACGAUUAUCACGUUCCAGAGAAAAACUGCGACUACGUUAUACAAACAUUCCCAAAAGUAACAUUCGGUAACAGCAUUCCUUCGAUGCUUGAGUAUCACAGUUCAGACAAAAACUACGACCACACCAUAACUCCUUCCGAAAGAGCAAACAUCGUCCACGCAAUACCUUUGCUGCUUGAGUAUUACAGUUCACAACAGAAAAACGGCGACCAUGUCAUAUCACCCUUCCAAGGAGUAAGCUUUAGUGCGGAAAUCGACGGUUCAGUCUAUAAAAUAGAUAUAUUAGAAAGCAUGACUCAACUGAAAAGACGAAUAUGUGACACUGCGAAACACUAUAAAAAGCCAACGUUAGUAGAAAUUUGUGGCCGCAUCCUACGUUUAAUACCAAACGUACCGACAAACGAGGAACUCAGUGGUGACUCGGUGCUUCCAAUCAAAAGUCUGAUCAUACUUGGAGAAGUAUACAGCAAUAUUAUACACAUUACUUGCACCUUCCACACACUUGAAAAAGCUGGCACUGAAAAGAUAUGUGAGAUGCCAGUCCCAAGUCAGCUGAUAUUGACUGGGAUAAAAGAAAUCUACGGACACGCUCUAUCUCAAAUCAGGUAUAUGCUUACAGCUAAAGAAUACAAGACGUUCGCGUUACCUCAAAUCCAUAUGAUGACUUUAGCUGUAGACAUGUACGGCCAUAUGCUACCUAAGAUCUAUAAAGUUGGUGGGUACACAUACAAAGAAAAAAACAAAUCGGUAUGUCCGGUCACAAACAGGACUAACUUGGAAGAGACACAUGACAAUGACGUAACUCCAGUUUGCAAGACUUUAAUACCUGAAGAAAGUUACAGCCACAUGUUUCCUCUAAUCUACAAAUCGGAAUCAGGAAAAGUCCAUGAUUACGAAAAAGGUCCAAUCGACAACGUCUCUACCACUGGAAAUGUUUCCGACAACGUUUCAACAACAGACAGCAGGUACACUACAGUGCACGAAGUUCACGCGGCAACAAGUGACACACUCAUAGACGAGUAUGAUGAUGAUAGUCUCUUUGGAAUAUUGUCAGUCUACUGUAACAGUGAAAUUCAUUCAAGGUGAGACGUAUGUUGCAAGAUUAAAGAAGAUUUCACAGAGAGAAAGAACAGAGAGAAAUAUUUUUGGACAGUCAUUUUAAUUUGCUAAAUAAAUAUUAUUUAAAGAGGAG